GGGUGUAGUUCACUUCAUCUACCAGAGCGGCAUCGCGGGGCCUGGAACUACAAUGCCCAGGCAGCCGCUUCGAAGCGGUAUCGAGAAGACGCACAUGCCCGUCAAGGCUGGCAUGGAGUAAUAUCUUUUUGACUGGUGAUCGCGGCUGGAGCAGUUUGCACCAUGGCAUUUUGAGUGAUUACUGUGCCUGUGACGUUUUAAUUAUAUUUUAAUAAGUGUGAGUUUUGGUGAUCAUACCGGCUUAAUUGCGCGGGCUCAUUGAUUCACCCAGAUCGGCACCGGUUUAGGGCUGUUGUCGCUGUUAAGUUGCUUUUAUCUCAUCUCGAGGACCAUCUCUUUUUAGCGUUAAAAAUGCAUCGCUUUCAGCGUCUGUCGACUAGUUUUUUGUUAAGCGGCCGUUUCGGACGACAGCGAGACCCGAUGGAGGGGGCAGCUUUAGAGCCGCGCCGGGGCGGACAGACAGUGCGGUUCAAGGCGCAGGGACCGGCGAGGCAGUGCGGCGGCUCGAAGCGGUACAGCACGGCGGAAGCGACAGUGGAGAGUCGGGGGAACGGCGAGGUGCGGGAGAGGACGCUGACGAUGGAGACGCUGAACCCAAACGUGAAGGCGGUGGAGUACGCCGUCCGGGGGCCGAUCGUUAUCAAAGCCGUGGAGCUGGAAAGGGGUCUGCAGGACGGGAUGAAGCAGCCGUUUGCAGAGGUCAUUAAGGCCAACAUCGGGGACGCUCACGCCAUGGGACAGCAGCCAAUCACCUUCCUGCGACAGGUGGUGGCUCUCUGCACGUGUCCGGAACUCCUGGACAGUCCCUCUUUCCCAGAGGAUGCCAAACAGCGGGCGCGGCGUAUCCUGCAGGCCUGUGGCGGAAAGAGUUUAGGCUCGUACAGUGCCAGCCAGGGUGUGGACUGCAUCCGGAAAGACAUCGCCACGUACGUGGAGCAGCGUGAUCAAGGCGUCUCCUGCAACUGGGACAACGUCUACCUCACCACCGGAGCCAGCGACGGCAUCAUGAGCAUCCUGAAGCUGCUGGUGUCGGGGCAGGGACCAUCCCGGACCGGGGUGAUGAUCCCCAUCCCCCAGUACCCCCUGUACUCGGCAGCUAUCUCCGAGCUGGAGGCCGUGCAGGUCAACUACUACCUGGACGAGGACCACUGCUGGGCGCUGGAUGUCAACGAGCUGCACAGGGCUUUCCAUGAGGCCAAGCACUACUGCAACCCCAAAGUGCUGUGCAUCAUCAACCCAGGGAACCCUACAGGUCAGGUUCAGAGCCGGAAAUGCAUCGAAGACGUCCUUCACUUCGCCUUUGAAGAGAAGCUCUUCGUCAUGGCCGAUGAGGUGUACCAGGACAACAUCUACUCCUCCGACUGCCAGUUCCACUCCUUUAAGAAGGUCCUUUAUGAGAUGGGACCUGAGUACUUCAAGAACGUGGAGCUAGCAUCCUUCCACUCCACCUCCAAAGGCUACACGGGGGAAUGUGGCUUUCGCGGUGGCUACAUGGAGGUCAUCAACAUGGACCCAGAGGUGAAGGCCCAGCUGAUCAAGCUGCUUUCGGUGCGUCUUUGCCCUCCGGUGUCCGGACAGGCCGCCAUGGACAUCAUCGUGAACCCGCCGCAGCCGGGGGAACCCUCCUUCUUGCAGUUCCACAAGGAAAAGACCUCUGUACUCAGCACUCUGGCGGAGAAGGCCAAGCUGACCGAAUCAAUCCUCAACACGAUCCCGGGCAUCAAGUGCAACCCAGUGCAGGGGGCCAUGUACGCCUUCCCCCGCAUCUUCAUCCCGCCCCAAGCCGUGGGGGAGGCCAAGAUGCUGGGGAUGCCCCCUGACAUGAUGUACUGCCUGCGUCUGCUGGAAGAUACUGGGAUCUGCAUCGUUCCUGGCAGCGGCUUCGGCCAGAGGGAGGGCACGUUCCACUUCAGAAUGACGAUUUUGCCAACUACAGAGAAGCUGAAGCUGCUUCUGGAGAAGCUCGCUGCUUUCCAUAUCAAGUUCCUCCAGAAAUACACAGCCCUGGGGGAGCCCUCUGACAAAAGCCCAAGCGGACAGGCUAAGGCGCACCACCCCUAGUUAGGGAAUGCGUGUGGUCAAAAGUUUCCAUAGCAACCUGGGCCCCAUCCCCCCUCCACAUCAGCGUGCUCCUAUAGCCUUUUAAACCCAUUGACACAAUUAGAAAAGUUUGCAGUUUAGCCAAGAAAGACAUCUGUGCCUUGGAUCUGUAAACUGUGAAAAGAAGAUACCAGCCGAAAGAGACGGUCUAAGGAUCUUUGCAUGAUGUUCACCCUGCAGCACGCAGAAAAUUAUGGGGCCUUAACAGAGAACAUGAACCGCUGAUCAUAUCUUAUUUUUUUAUAUAACUUGUAUAAUCCUCUCAGCACUUGCAAAGCUAAAAAAAAAAAAGGUCAUAUAAUUCCUUAUCAAUCUUAAAUCUGCCCUCAAAAUUCACUCCUUGGCAUUGUCAAUAUUAAGAUCCUGUCGGGAUUUGGACAGUGCAUCAUGUGGUCAAUUAUAAUUGUACCAAAAGCGCGUUAAAGCAUUUAAUGUACAGAUGAGCCUAACCUCCGGGUCAUUGUGGUAAUAAUUAAAAUGUAUAAUAUUUAGAUAUAUAUCAGAAAUAUGGUGCAAUUUCUGAGAGUGGUACUGCAUAGAAUCACAGGCUUUUAUGUAUAUACGGUUUGAAUGAGAAAAUGAAAACUUGAUUUUAAGACUAUUUGUUUACAUUGUGAUUAUAUCAUUACCGCCUCAGACUGUUGUAAUAUCACUCAGUUCUAUACACGUUUCAAAUGGAUUGCUUCACAUUCGCUUUGUGGUGAUAUAUCCCACUUGCUUGUGAUGGGUUUUUGCUCACAGCUUAAGCGCAAUGGAUUGACAUCUGCACACAUGGCAUUACACUUUCUGGGUUGACCUGCAGACUUAUGGAGUAUUUGCAUUGCCGAUGCCCAGUGGGUGCACUUUACUGAAAAUUUCUCAAGCGUAAACCAGAAGUCCCUCUUGUUUGGUCCGAUAACUUUUUUUUCCCCUUUCCUCAUGUUAACUCACCUGCGCCCUCUUGUGUCUAUAAGCUGAGUCGCCGCACUGGAAGCCUGCCUUCCCAGUGCCAUGCUUGUGUCUACAGUAGUAUGGUGAGGGGUCCUCUGCCGGAGCAUGCAGAUGAACUGACCGUGUGUCCAAGUCUGGUGUGUUUGUUGCAAUUAACAUGUCCUGGUGCAAUGGGAAAAUGCAAGAGCGGUUUUGUUUUUAAGUGUGAUGCUCUGUGAUUUGUGUUUCGCAAUGCUGGGCUUUUGUUUUUGCUCAUAUGAUUCCGAUAACAAAAAAACUGCCAGAUAGCGUUAUUUUCAUUUUUCAUUGCGGUUAAUUCGACUAGCUUCUUCCCUUAUUACGAGACCUAGAGACGGAAUAGCUACCAUCGCCUGUCGAUUAUCUAUGCAAUAUGUUGUCUAUAUCGCUUUUCAGCAUAAAACACUAUUUUUUUUUUCUUUAACGGUGGCAGUCACCUUCAGUUGAUUUUAAAUAACCCGAACAGUCACACUUUAAUAGGAAUGAUUGCGAUCUUCUAAAACUAACAGAUCAUUUGUUUUUAGUUUCUGGUAUGGUGCCUUUGUUUGGCAGGUCAAUUAUUUUUGACUGACUUUGGCUAUUAAACUAUGAGAAAUUUGUUACGCUAGGACAUUUUGUGUAUUUUAUGUUUAGUUUUCUGUUCAGAUGUGAUACUUCCUCAAAACUCUAACGUGAAACUAAAAAGACAAAGUAACAUUAACAAAAGCUGUUUUGGGUAGUAACCCUAUUUAAAGAUUACUUUGUUUUACUUUCUCAUGUAAGUUUUUGUAGAUAUUUUUUUUUUUUCAUAAAUUGAUUAAAACCCAGUUUUUAACAAGGUU